AUGCUAAUGUUGGUUGGGGAAGUCCCUGCGGAGGGACGGUGCCCGGGGAUCCCUCUCAGCCUCCCCCAGUGCGCGCCCGGGGACAAGCCGCCCGAGCCCCGGCCGGCAGGAAGCGACCCUCGCCGGCAGGACCCCGGGCCGAACCCGUACCUUCCGCAGCACUUUCCGGCAGUUGGUACAGAGCAGGUAGUUGGCGGCGGCCGACGGGCUGCUGCCGCCCCGGUUCAUCGUGGCUGCGGGCGCCGAGGCGAGAGCGGGCGGAGGGCCGGGUCCGGGCUGUCACUGCGGCCACUGCAGGGCCGGUCCGUCCCCCCGCCGCCAGCCGCGAUUCCGCCUCAGCCUCCUCAAGGCGGGAUGUCGGGAGGAGAGGCGACUGCCCGAAAGCUAGCGGCACUGCCAGAGGCGACCACCGCGGCAGCUGCCCCAGCGACGGCGGAGACGGCGGCGGCUGCUCCUCACCGGCCCGUUGUUCCACCCGCCCCCAUCCUCCAGACCCCCGCCCCCGCCAGGCUAGGACGAGCAGCCGCCACCACUGCCACCGCCACCGCCGCCGCCGCCGCCGCAGCGUCUCAGUGCGGCCCCGCCUCCGCCGACCCACCACCUUCACCACCUCCACGCUCCGGCACCGCCCCUCCCGCCAAUCGGACAGCUCCGGCUACGCCCCCAGGGCGCCAGCCCGCAGCCAAUGAGCAACGAGAGCCCGGCUGGGAGUCGUGCCGGCCAAUCGCAGGGGCCGAGGAAGCCUUGAAUCUCCGGGCAAGUUAAGUUUAUCUCCGAGGCUCGGAACUGAAGGGAGAUGGCGGUUAGCUAAGUAGUAGGGUAGCAGGGAACAGUUUGCUCUCCUCUGCCAAUAAGAGGACGAGGGUGUGUCAUAUGCAAAUACACUGCCCUCCAAGCCCCACCCCCAAGAUAAGCUACGCCCCCUUCUCUAGGUCCCUGCAAAAGUGGUGAGGAGAAUGAGAUAAAUAGUUGGGAGCUAGAGCUCGCUAGAGAGUCUAAGAUUGAGCUAAAUAUUUCCUGAUCUCUCGAGAAAGGGGGAGGGGAGUGGGAGGAUUAAAUGUUCCUUCCUUCAGGACAGUGGUUAGGCUUUCUCUCCACGAAAAUCUAACUUUAGCUGUAAAGAAGACAGCAGUUAUGUAGCACUUUGUAUCCAGGGAUCUCAAAGAACUUUAUGCAUCAUUUAUUGUGAACCUUGUUUUGCAAAGACUUCAGUUACUUGAGGCUUGGGAGGCGGUUAGGGGAUAAAUGUCUGAGUUAUAUAUAUAUUUACGCAAGUAAUCGAGUUUGAGGGGAGAGACAUAAAACCUCUGGUUUAGCGGUUUCCUCCUGUUUCUGAAGCAUCUUCUAGCAGUUAUCUUAGAGAUGUAAGUUCAUUUACUUGUCCAGCACUAAAAGGCCAAAGGGGCUUGUUUUCUCACCCAAAAGACCUUCCUGAGGCAGCUGUUUGGAUACAUGCAGAGCACAGCGCCCUGCUCAGAAAGGAAGGUUCAGAGAACAAAUUGCCGUUUAAAACUAUUGGGACAAACCUGCCUCUUCUAGAGCUUAAAAUGCUGUCUCCUCUCUGUCCGUUUUUAGAGACCAACACAUAUAAACCAAGUCUACACAAGGAACAAAGCUAAAAUCCUUUCGAAAUGAGUUCCUUUAAGUUCUUCAGUAACUAAAUCCCCCAGAAAGGAAAGCAGAGAGAAUCUAGCCCUAUACAAUAACAUCCUCUAACAAAGAUUGCUAAAGGAAGAUUUUAGUAGAUGAAUAUCUUCAAUAAUACAUGGUCACAUACAUGUAUCCGACCAUAUGAUGGCUCUCUGCACCAAAUUCCUCCAAACUAUUAUAAUAUGUAUUGUCUGUAGUGCUAUUUAUUUGGCAGUUAAUCAUGUAUUGCACUGUGACAUUUCUUAUACUGAACCAUUAUGUAUGUGUUUAUAUUCUGCCCUCAGCUACUCAAUGCCAGUACCUUAUUCUUAACACAGCAACCACCCUUUCUGGUCUGUCGUCACACCCUCAUCCCCAUCAUAGUUGUUCUCCUCUCUCAUGGAAAUGUUCAGUUUCUAGACAUCUCCUUUCUCUUCCAUUCUUCACCUGACCUUCCUUCCUUUCUUGGCCUGCCUGAAUACCAUAAAGGGAAUUUUAUUUCAAACCCAGGAUCACACUUAAGAGGAAAAGAAACAAAAGCCAGUUCUUUUUAUUGCACAUAGAACAAGGAGAAACUCCACCCCUUUUGUUGUCUGGUAUGUUUAAAACAAGAAAGAACUUUAGAAAGGUAGGAUAUGAGUGAAAAUUACAACCAAUGUUGAGAACUACUUUUUAAUUUUUUGUUACAAAAUUGGGAUGAUACUUCAUUAAACAUUGUAUAUCAUUUCAAAACUGUUAUCUCAUAAUCAUUUUGCUUGUUUUGAAUUAUUCUUUUAAAGUGUAGUUUUUUUAAGCAAGGAAUCCAUAAAAUCACAUGGCUUGUAUGUACCAUAACUUACUUAAUCCUUAUGCUAUUGUUUAAUAUGUGGGUUGUUUCAGAUUUUUCAUGAUUGUAAAUAACAAAAUAAACUUCCUCAUACUU